ACAAGAUGGCGGAGAGUUAGCCGGAGCAGUGUCUUCGCGUCCCCGCGCUUCCAGGCUUCUAAGGCGGGCGCGGUCCUGCAGUGCAGGCCCAGCGAGACCCCAGGCAUGCGUUUGCCGCCGCCGGUCCCUCUGCUCUUGGGGCUCCUCUUUCUGCAGAGCGUCUUGAGGCCUCUGUGGGGGGACCUGGUUUUCAUGCCUCCUGUCAUCCGCAUGUCCGGCCCUGAAGUCAGCGCUUCCCUGGUUGGAGGCACCGAGGAUGUGACCGUGUCCCUGACCCAGCUGCGGGACGAGAUGGGAUUCUUGCCAGUUCCUGACUGCGGAGUGCUGAGCAAUGAGACUGGAGACUGGAGUUUGACUGUCAGCCCCACUGUGAAUUCUUUGGAAGUGACUGUGAGGUUGAAGAGGGGUCUGCCCUCAUGUUUGUCUAAUGAGACCGAUCCGUUCCCGGAGGCCCCGUGUAUUGUCCAAACUCUUCUGGUUUCAGCCUCCCGUCAUUCAUCCUGUUUAGCACAUCUACUCGUUCAAGUGGAAAUUUAUGCCAACUCCUCUCUGGCCCAAAAUGCAUCAGAGAACGUGACUGUUAUUCCUAACCAGGUGUAUCAGCCCCUCGGUCCUUGCCCUUGUAAUUUAACAGCCGGAGCCUGUGACAUUCGCUGCUGCUGUGACCAGGAAUGCUCAUCAGAUUUAACAGCGCUGUUCAGGGAGUCCUGUUUCCCCGGCGUUUUUGGAGGAGAUGUUAAUCCUCCCUUUGAUCAGCUCUGCUCCGUUCAGAUGGCACGUGGAGUCCCUGAAUGGUUUCCGUUCCUGUGUGUGCAGCUCGCCAACUCGCCUUUCCUCGGGUACUUCUAUCACGGUUCCGUUUCCUCUGGACAACACGCUUCCUUUGACAUGUAUUUGCAUACUGAUCUAAAAGACUUUUCAGACUUUGGUUACAAACAAGGAGAUCCAGUUAUGACUGUAGAUAAGGCAUAUUUUACUAUUCCGCAGGUAUCCCUGGCUGGGCAGUGCAUGCAGAAUGCCCCGGUGGCCUUCCUUCAGAAUUUUGAUGUUCAGUGCGUUACUAGCCUGGAGGCGUACCCAGAACGAGACAGAAUCACCAACGUGAAGGUAAAGAAUGGUACUAUGGGAGGCAUAGUUACACCAAAAGUAAUCUAUGAGGAAGCAACUGACCUAGACAGAUUCAUCACCAAUACAGAAACACUUUUAAGUACUGGGUCAGCCCCCAGGAAUGUGAAUGUGGAAGAACAUUAUAUUUUCAGAUGGAAUAAUAAUACAAUCAGUGAAAUAAAUGUCAAAAUCAUUAGGGCAGAAAUUAAUGCCCACCAGAAAGGAAUCAUGACACAGAGAUUUACAGUGAAAUUUUUAAGCUAUAACAGUGGUAAUGAAAAGGAAUUGUCUGGAAAUCCAGGUUACCAACUUGGCAAGCCUGUUCGAGCUCUAAACACCAACAGGAUGAAUAAUGUCACGACUUUACACCUUUGGCAAUCCGCUGGAAGGGGUUUGUGUAUAUCAGCAACUUUCAAACCCAUUUUAUUUGGAGAAAAUGCAAUAUCUGGGUGCCUUUUAGAAGUUGGAAUUAAUGAAAACUGUACUCAGCUCAGGGAGAAUGCUGUUGAACUACUUGGUUCAUUAAUACAAGUGACUCAUGUUGCAAUGAGAGGCAACUCCAAUUACGACAAUCUUAGUGAUGGCUGGCUUGAAAUAAUACGUGCAGACGCCCCCGAUGCAGGUGCAGACCCCCCUGUCAGCAACGCGAGUGGCAUCUGCCUGGAUGUCCCCGCUCAGCUGAAUAUCCGCAUCCUCUUCUCGGAUGCUGGCGCCGUGGAGGGGAUGACUCAGCAGGAGAUACUUGGCGUGGAGACAAGGUUCUCCUCGGUGACCUGGCAGUUCCAGUGUGGGCUGACUUGUGAGGAUGAGGCCAACCUUUUCCCCAUCAGUGCAUCUGUCCAGUUUAUUAAGAUACCUGCACAGUUACCCCGUCCACUUACAAGAUUCCAGAUCAAUUUUACAGAGUACAACUGUAACAGAAAUGAGGUUUGUUGGCCGCAACUUCUAUAUCCGCUGACCCAGUAUUAUCAAGGGGAGCCUUAUUCUCAGUGUGUUGGCAAGAGCUUACUGUUGGCAUCCUUCGUCGUAUUAGCUGUGUUCCUCAGUAACCCCUGGAGUGGAAUACGCAAAGCGUGGAACUCAGCUACCACCUGACCUCUUACAGAUUGUCAGCUUUUACUUCACGGAUUUGUUGUCCUCCCGUGUGCCGCUCUAUAAAAUCUUAAUAAAUGAAAUGUUUUAUUUUUAUAGAAGAUUUUAUUAGGUGCUCUGCAAAUUUGAUUCACGUAUACAGCUAUCCAGACGUUCAAAGCAAUGCAGAACGGGCGUCCUCACCGCUAUACCAGACUGAGCAAGACGCAUGAGAGGGUCAACCGUGUCAAUAAAUGUUAUUAGGAACUUUAGUUUUUUCACAAAUGAUGAAAGUCAUAGGAGUUUUGGUCCAAAUGUUAUUCGCACCACAGAGAGUCAGUCUUUUAAUUUUUAACAUAUUUAUGUGGAACCGGUUAGUUCCCACUGUUCCAAAGACAGGAUUAAGAACGCAUUAAAGCCUUUAAAAGUGUA